UUCGCGUACACUACCGCAACCACACCCCUUCGAAAAACUUUGAGACCAUACAGGAGUGAGUAGAAAAAUCAGCAGUAUGGCAGCCAAUGUGUUUGGAAACCCUGUGACCGACGACACGGUGAGACUAGUUUAUCCAGGCCUACAAAAAAUAACGGCAAAACACAGGGCAGAAGUGGCUUUGAUGUAUAGAAACGCUGAAGAUAAGCACGUGAAUGUGAAUAGAUAUGUGCACAAUCUCAAGGCAAGCUACGGCACUGGAACCUCAACACUCUGCAUGAUUUACAACGCUACCGGAGGUAACUUGACGUUUUCUAGCACGUACAAUUGGGAUGGUCAAGUCUGGCAAUCUCCGUACCCUCCGAUCAUUCAGAAUGGGCAAUGGGCUGGAUUUCUGCAUGUCCGCAGUAGAUUGGUUGGUCCGUCAAAAGCAGCUGUUGUGUAUUCGGGCAGGAAUAAUGAUGGAAGUGGGUGUGACUGGAUGUUGGCUUGGAACACCAAGCGCCUUAAUUAUGAUAAUCGGGUCUAUACUGAAAUCCGUGGAGCUGGUCAUUUUAAUGUCAAUCGUUGGGACUAUAUCAAUAGUCUGUUGAAACAACAAUCUAAUAAUCAUAGUGAUACUUGGAAUGGAUGCUACUCCAUUAUUUCAGUUGGCGGAGGCAGUUCGCCAGCACUUGAGGCAACAAUGACCUUGGCUGAUCUCGAUGCCAAGUUUAUGGAAAUUGCUCGUGCCAUUGCGAUGCCAGAGGGGCUUGAUUCGAAAACCGUUGAUGAUGAUGGAGAUGCUGAAGCUCCUGCCGAAUAAUCACCUUGGCUGGUGUCGUUCACUUUAUAAUUCAAUAAGGCGUACGUCAAUUAAUUAAUCGUACUUUAAUGUCCUAAAAACCAUGGUGGAUAAUAUUGCCAAAAUAAAACUUUAAUGUCCUAAAAACUAUGGUGGACAAUGUUGCCAAAAUAAAACAUAAUAUUUUAUGUAUUGGCAAGAGUGCUUUAUAUGGCUGCUAGUGCAACUGCAAGGCAGCUAGUCAUGUUUUCUAGAAUAAUUAUAUAAUGAAGUACUGCUUUAUGCUUUUAAAAUAA